AGACUACACUGAGACCUUCAUGAAGUGGUCUGGAGAAUUAGACCUUAAACUUGACAUCAGUGUCUGUGCGAUCAGACUCACAAACAGGAUUUGGAUCCAAAGUUCCUAAAGUCUAAAAAUGGGAUUUGUUGACGACAAGAAGGCGAUGUAAACUUGUGAGCCUGCGACAUGUUGAUGAAGCGAUGAUUUAAAUGUCUUUGAAUGUUGCUAACAUCCUGUCAGGUUUACUGUGUAUCUGUGUUUGUCCCCGAGAGACGAGAGGAGAAACACACUUUAUUCAUAUUGAUAAGAGACAGAUUAAGCAGACUCAUGUGGGACUCACUGAGCAGUGUCCCGUCCAAUCAGACUGACUGUGACAUGUGUGACAAACAGGGGCCGCAUGUAUGCCACUCUGGGCCCCAACUGGAGGGUCCCACUCCGAAACUCGCCGCGGAGCCGCAGCUAUGUUUACAGCUCGUCUGCUGCCACCUCGUGUUACGGCUGCUGCGAGGCGGGCAGCGUGACCAUCGAAGGACCUCUGAGGAGGAAAACGCUGCUGAAGGAGGGACGUAAGCCGCGGCUGUCGUCCUGGACCAGGUUCUGGAUCUGUCUGUCUGGAUCUACGCUGACCUUCUACGGAGCCAAAUCCCUGAGAGCCUCCGAGAGGAAGCAUUAUAAGUCCAGUCCCUGUAAGAAGGUGUGUGUGACCGGCUGGAUGGUGGUGCUGCCAGACGACCCGGCCAGACCCAACAUCUUCCAGCUCAACGACCCGGAUAAAGGUAAUGUUUACAAGUUCCAGACUGGAUCCAGGUUCUCGGCCAUCAUCUGGCACAAAAACCUGGAGGAGGCGUGUCGGAGCAGCAGACCUCAGAUACCAGCCAACCUCAUGUCGUUUGAAUGAGAGCAGACUGAGCCAGCAGGAUGUCAACGUGCCAAACCGUCAGUUUGGGAAGAAUCGACCGAAUGACUGAACACGGACGACUUUAAACGUAGAUGAUAAAGAAACUGGACGUGUGACUAUGCACGCCAUCAGACCUGACGCCUUCCUCACCCCUGGAUGAAGACCAAUAUAAACUCUACAAAGAGGUCGGCCGAAGGUUUGAUGAUGUUGUGCGUCUUUUUUUUAUUCUUUAAGCUGCUACAAACAUGUGAACGUGCGUGGAUUUACGGCCCAUGUUGGGUUUUCUGCAACAGAAGAGAGAGAGAGUACAGAACCGGACCAAGUGUUGGGCGAGCGCUGGUGACGUUGAGCGCCGAUGAACGGCCUCCUGGGAGUGUUUGAAUCUGUGAAACUACUGCUGCGAUUCUCUGCAUCUAAACAUCAGGACGAAGAGAAGAAGAGUGAGGAUCAGCCCUGUGAGCCACAGCUGGACUGAGCUUGUUAAAAAAUAAAAAAAGAGUAUCUGUUGUUGUACAGAAACAGUAUAUCCUGAUGAAGACCCCCCUCCCCUCCCCCCCAUCACUACCUCAGCUGGUAGUCCUCCUGUAAAGCUGUUUGUUCAUGUACAUACCACGUUUACAGAUUAAAAUUUUGUACAGAACAAAGCUGAAAAAAAGGAUCUGAUGAGAUGAUGAGCGAGCUGUCCUCUCGUCUUCUCAGUGAAUUUAAAGUCAUAAUGAAGUUUUCAACUAUCCUACAUGUGCGUGUGUGCGUGCGUGCGUGCGUGUAAAUAGUGUAUUUAUUUGUAAAAGAGUUUAUUUUUUAAAACUGUCGGCCAUAAAAAAAAAAAAAGGGAAAUGGUACGAUGGAUCCUCUUUGAUUCAGCUGCAGAAGAAGCUGCUCCUCACACAGACUGGCGGUGAAAGACACCCUAAAACUAAACCCUGAAGGACUGUUGACGCCAUCAGCACCUGCACUGUUAAUAAUCUGCUUUCAAAGCUCCAUCUUCUGUUGGAAUCUGAGGAUGAUUCUGCUUCAUCACAGCUCCUAUUGGACGUCAUUUUAGUUCAUUUUUCUUAUCAGUGAAAAACCUUUAUGCUCAAAGAAAAAGAGUGAGAUCUGGGAACAAAUCUACCUUAAAGGAGCAAUAUGUAACUCUGACACCUAGUGUUUAAAACGGGUACUGCAGUCCAAAUUCAACUUACUGAACAGAGCUGUCUCUCCCUCCCCCUCCUCUCUAGAGUCGAUGCUCACACAGGUCGCCAUGUGGUGGACACUGAAGCUUCAGUGUUUAUCCAGCUCUGCAUCGGUCUGUAAACCUUUCUGUGUUCUAACCUCUCUCCAUUUUUCAAAAGCAUCUCCAAUAUUGAUCCUAGUUUGAGCACGUUUCUGCUCGUGGAGCUUAUUAGAAACAUGCAGAGGCUUUUUAGGUCGAGUACAAUCACUUCUAUCUGAACCACUUCUCUUGCCCGCUUCCAUCACUGCAACACCUGUUGGUUUGACCUGAUAACUGCUCUCAUAUCUGACAAAGGUAUACAGUUGAGUAAAUAAAGCUUGUGGAGUGACUCCUCAGUUAAAGUGAGUAGAGGAGGUGAGCAGAGAGACUCACCCGCCCUUGUUCCCAGAUCUCUUUUUUACUUUAUAUUAAAUCAUCUUUGUUCAGCGGAGGCGACUACAGGUAGUAAAAAAGAUCUGAGCUGUAAAAAGUGGAAUCAUCCUCUGUACUGUAAGUAUUUUAAAACUACUAGAUGGCCAUAAAUAGAAAGUCAUAUUUCUAUAGUUUCCUGUUGUAAUUCAUGGUUAAUGUGGUUUAUGAAAUCAGUCGUAAAGAUGGUAAAAAAUAUAUAUAUUUAGGCAUGAUGUCAUCGUUUGUCAUCGUUUAGUUUCCAGGAGUAAUUCAUGUGUUAUUCUGAACGACAUGUUUUGAGUAAAACGGUCGUGAUUUUUAUUUUUUUUCUAAAGUAUUAUCAAAAUGUGUCCUGAAGGUUCUGUUAGACGACCUCGAAGGUGAUAACUGAAGAUGAAACGAAGGGGAACAUGGACGAGAUGAGGCCUGUUGAAACAAAGAUAAUUUAACUGAACAGUUUCACCCUCUUUGAAUCACGCUGCUGUGUUUGAUUAUUAAAGGAGAUCUAUUUAGCUCUAAACAUUAAUGUUGUCACUCUGGGUCAGCUGUUGAGCAGCGUUGUGAGAUGUGUCACUCAAAAAAAGCUCCUUAUUUAUCUGAUACUGCCGUCAGUAAAAUCUCUCAUUUCAGCGACUGUCUCUUUAAGGCCCCGCCUCCCCAGGUGCCCACUCUCCUCUGAUUGGCCAGCUCUGUUUGCUGUCGCAGGGACAUUUGAGUGAGUUUCCGGGUGGGCGUGUCCUUGAAAGAGCUGCCGGGGUGGGCGUGUCCUAAAACGUUGCUCCAUGCUUUGCUCUGAUACGUCUGCAGGUUCCGGUCAAUUCUCGCCAAGUUCUCAUAACGUCUUGUUCGGGGAUUAAACCAACACCUGUGCAUCUUGUGCUUUCAAACAUGUAGCACACCUCGGAAAUAUCUUGGAGGUUUUCACGAGUUUUGUUCAUGUUUGAAAAGGUGUUUUGACGAGUUUAAGGGAGGACUUGCUGCUUCGUCCACAAGGGGGCGCCAAAAUCAACUCAAACUGAAAGUUGCUCACAGGAGCUUCAAAAACGGUUUUGUAAUUAAUCACAGUGAAUAUUUUCAGACCCCGACAGACUUGUAAAUAACAGCUGAAAUCCGAGUUUGAUGUCAGUCAUCAGGGAGGGGCAGUACAGAAAUGUUUAAAAGUUAGAUUUUACUGAAUUUCAUCAUCCCAUUCAUUUACUGUGACGUAAUCCUAAUCUCAACACUGAGAGGCCGAGCAGAGCCAGAAUAUCAGAUCUGAUAUUUUCUUCUUCUGCAAACCUGUAAACUCUCUUCACAUUUUACUGUUUAUGAUCAGAGGUGACGUUGUGGCACAAACAGGCGACAGGCUCGUUUAGUUUCUAUGUUUAUCGUUCUGUCAUCGCUGUGGUUCAGUCUAGGGUUGUCAUGGUGACGGAAUGAUACGCUGAGCUGUUGGGUUACCACAGCAACAUAAAUUGGGAGUCCUAGGCAGCAAAUAUCGAGUCACUUCUUGGUUUUAAUUACAGCGAGAAAGGGCAGCUUUUCUCAUCUUCUGUAAGUUUUACUCUCCUCCAACGAAACUAUAAUACAUUCACAGAAGAGAUUUUUGUUUUUAAUUAACAAAAGAUUGCAGGUAAACUUCUGAACAUUAUCUCAAUAGUACAAAAUGUUGUGCACAUCUCGUUCUCUUGCAGCUUUUUGUUAAAAAUGUGACUGAAGAUCUGGGCCAGUCAAAAUUCAAAACAUUGUAGAGAGGAUCUAGAGUCGAUGUUCACUCAGGUCACCAUGUGGUGGACACUGAAGCUUCAGUGUUUAUCCAGCUCUGCAUGGGUCUGUAAACCUUUCUGUGUUCUAACCUCUCUCCAUUUUUCAAAAGCAUCUCCAAUAUUGAUCCUAGUUUGACAUUAGCAGCUCUUAGUAUUUAGGAGGCUUUGUGCACACGGCUCCUGAAGAUUGUUAAAGCCUCUUUACUUUUCAUUACUAUCGAUCAUUAAAGUUACAGAUUGUGUCGUUUUCAGACGAGUGGUAUCGAAAAGUAUCAAAGGUUUUAACGACCUUAGGUCAGUCUGAUACUGACCGUCUACAGUCAUGAAGUUUGGUUUUAGUCUCUUGAUUUGUGAGUGAAGUAACGGUAAAGAAACAAAAUGAAGGAGAAUUAUUAAGAGCCAAAGAAACUACAUCCUGUCAAAUAUCUGUCCCUGAAAGAGAUCUGAAAGUCUUUGCCAAAAUCCGCCUGAAUUUUAAAAAAAUAAGCGUGACUUAAAGAAGUGAUUACAGCCAUCGUUUUUAUCUCCAUUUAGCGCUCUGCUUCAUUUAAAGUGACGCUUUCAUGGAUGUGAAGUGUCUGAUUUAUCAGCAGCAUCACAGAGAGGACCGUCUGAUGAGUCAGUAAUGUGAAACGACAGAAGACAAAGUUUAAAAUGUUUUUUUUUUCUUGUUAUUUGUUCCCCAGGUAAUCACACCAGCCAAAUGAAGCCAUUAUCAGUGAAGAUGCAGCUUGACUUGAAAAAAAUCCCAAAUUCAGAAUCAGUUUCACGUUAUCAGGGGCGUGUCCAGAGGGGUGGCAGGGACCCCCUUUAUCUUAUUUGCCACCCCAGGCCACUUGACUAUAAUUGGCUAUGUGCCUUGCCAAAGGUGGGACUUAUUUUGAAAUCCUGUGUUGCAACAGGCAGCUCAAAGUGUGCAGUGUGCAGAUAUUUUAAAUCGUGAUUUUGGACAUACAUUUUGUUCUGAGUGCUUGAAGAAUGAAGCUUAGAAGAUUUAAAUGUUGUUGUUAUCUUGUUGCUUAAAAGUCGAUGUAAUUGGUGCAGACAGAAAUAAACUGCUUUUAUUUUGUGUGCACACAAACUUCAGGUCCCCCUGCACAGGUCAGAGCCCCAGUUGGGCCCCUUCAGUCCAAAAGGUCUGGACAUGCCCCUGUUCUAUUAUUAUCAGUGUUUUGUUUAUGAGCGAUAAUCCAAAUGAUGUAUUGCUUUUGACUUUUUGACCUUUUUCAGUUUUUAUCCUCUGAGCAGAUGAAAUCUGAGUGUUUUUUUGGGGACACUGCAUGUGUUUUUGUGUACAGACUUUCUAGUGUUGUAACUGUGAAACAGAUCACCGAGUCGUGAUUAUCAGUCUGUGAUUCUUUUGCUAACUUAUUUCUUACCAUGGCAUCGCUACAUGUCGCUGUAUUUUUCAGCUUCAGACUCUGAAUUGGGAAUAAAAACGUAUGUACAGAAA